AUGGAGUCGCUGCCCAAUGAGCUCCUUAUCCAGAUUGCUUCACAAUUCGACACGGAAGCUCCUAGUGUCACCAAAUUCGCCCACGAGCCUUCUUCACAUCUAACCGAAUGCGAUUUCACGCCACUCAAGUCAUUAUCCCUGGUCUCAUGGCGCUGGCGCAAAAUUACCUUACCAAUCCUCUUUCGCUACUCUCGGAUAUUCCUUGACAAGGAACCACAAUGGGUUCCAAUCGACGCGCGUUUGGUGGAUAGUAUGCAGACCCAGUUGACGAAGCUCAGCAAUCACGAGUUCCAAAUAUACCACAAGAAGGGCAGCAAGUUCAAGAGCAGCUCCACAUUUGCAUAUGACGAAGCUUUUGACGACUUGCUCAUCAACCUGUGCCGCAUCCAAGAUGGUGACGACUUUCUCAAGGCGGUGCCGCACAUUCUCUGGCUCCCACAUCUGCCGAAGGCAUUUGAUGGCUUUGCAAGAUUUGUUGCACAAUACGACCUGAAGCAUCACAUCAAGAGUGUGGUCGUGCAUACGGACAAGGAAUAUGAGCUGCGACAUGUUAGCACAGCUGACGCACCCUUGGCUCGCGCAGUUGCUGAUGUUUGGACCACCAUCUUCAGCCACCUGGAACCUAUCAGAGUCGUUGUUGCUGCACCUCCGCCUACACUUGCUGGGCUCUUGGACACGCAGAUGCUGAGCGCCGAUGUAUGGGCCUUUGACAUGAAGAUGCACUAUAUUGAGCUAGUGCAACCGGAGCCCUUACGUCUCGAACACAUGAAGUCCAAAUGUCGAGCAUGGAAUUCAGCUCUGAUCCACUACAGACCAUGGAACCACCUCGGUUACAAUGAAGGGUCUUCCAUUACUGCGUACAGCACGUAUGAGUACCACUUGAAGCAGUCACCAAAGAUGCUUUAUCUCCUGCUUGUUCGCUUGGCAAAGGAGGCACAAUCCUGCUGCAACAUAUCGUCAUUCGGCUUCACUGGCGUCUUUCCUUUUGUUACAAAUGUCACUGCUAUUAUUCGUGCCUUGCACAAGAUUCCGAAGUUGAAGCACAUAAGCUUUCAGCUCGCACCCGGACCAGAGAAUAGCUCGCUCGACGACCCCAAGCGCAUGGGCAGAGCUCAGCGCAGUGACUUUUGGCUCGAAUGGAAUGAGAGCUACAAGGUUAUUGCAGGUUAUCUAGGCGUCAUCGACUUCGAAGACGGCGCCAAGUUCAAAAGCAGAGAUUGUGGCAACAAGCAGUUGGCAGAAGAUGUAUCAGGGUACAUUGAGCUCCUGCAGCAACGAGGUGCAGGUUGGCGCAAGGACGGCGCGGAGGACGGUGUUUGGAUCCGCGAUCAAUCACUCGACAGGGUUGUUACGCCUGUCACUGAACUGGGCAUCGUUUGA